AAACGCCAUCCUCUUCUGCAGAUCCUCUGGUGUGCAGGCGGGAGAUGGUCGCAUCCAUCCAUACCUCCAUACCUCUCUCCAUCCACCCAUUCGUUCCCAAGGGCGUCACACGGGGUGACAAGACGCGACUGAGAGGCGCUUCCGUGUCCUGUGUGUGCCGCGUAUGCGCGUGUCUGGUCCGCCUGUGGAUCCGCUGACAUGAGGAGCUGAAACAGAACCGACAGAAGGAUGAAAAUGCUCCGGUUUCGUAGCCCAAGCAUCCGCUCCUUGGACCAGGAGGUCCUGUGCACGAUCCGGCUACUGGAUGACACCGAGCUCUCCUGCAGCAUCCAGAGGGACACCAGAGGUCAGUUCCUGCUGGACCACGUGUGUAACCACUACAAUCUACUUGAGAAAGACUACUUUGGUAUUCGGUAUGUGGACCCCGAGAGACAGAGGCACUGGCUGGAGCCCAACAAGCCUGUGGUGAGGCAGAUGAAGUCAGCUCACCAGCCGUACACGAUGUGUUUCCGGGUCAAGUUUUAUCCACACGAGCCAAUGAAAAUCAGGGAGGAGCUCACCAAGUAUCUGCUGUACCUCCAGCUGAAGAGAGACGUCUACCAUGGCCGUCUCCUUUGUCCUUUUGCUGAAGCGGCAUACCUCGGAGCCUGCAUCAUACAGGGUGAGCUCGGGGACUACGACCCGGAGGAGCACCCGUCGGACUACAUCAGAGACUUCAAGCUGUUCCCCAAACAGUCCCUCAAACUGGAGAGGAAGAUUAUUGAAAUACACAAGAACGAGCUCAGGGGACAGAGUGCUGCAUUUGCUGAGUUGAACAUGCUCCAAAGGGCUCACAGCCUCGAGACAUAUGGCGUUGAUCCUCACCCCUGCAAGGAUUUCACAGGCUCCACAGCCUUUCUCGGGUUCACAGCCACAGGUUUUGUGGUCUUCCAGGGAAACAAAAGGAUCCACCUCCUCAAAUGGGCUGAUGUCAGCAAGCUGAAGUUUGAAGGAAAAACCUUUUACGUCAUCGGGGUCCAGAAAGAGAAGAAACUGGUGUUGACAUUUCACACCUCGACCCCUGCCGCGUGUAAGCAUUUAUGGAAGUGCGGGGUGGAGAACCAAGCCUUUUACAAGUGUGCAAAGUCGAGCCAGAUAAAGACCGUUUCCAGCAGUAACAUCUUCUUCAAAGGCAGCCGGUUCAGAUACAGCGGACGAGUUGCAAAAGAGGUUAUAGAAGCCAGCUCAAAGAUUCAGAGGGAGCCACCAGAUGUGCACAGAGCCCAGUUUGGUCAGAGUCGAAGUUUUAGCUCUCUCAGCCACAAAAACCUCAUCAUUAACAUGGAGCCACUGGUGCCUGCACUGCCCUCCACCAACGAAUACGAAGAGACAGCCACAGACCCAGCAGGUGUUGUCGCUGUGAAGGACUCUAUACCCUUGUCUCCACUCAAACCAGCUGCACCUGCAGACGCACAGCAACAGAGUAAUGAAGGAAGAUCCUCCGCUCCGGGCAAUGACCUGCAACCUUCCCGGGUUUCCAUGGAAACCUCAAAUCUCCGACCUCAGACGCCAAAAGCUGAAGAUGAAGUGGUGGAAGAUGACGAGGCCAGUGGGUCUCUCACCAUUUCUGAGCUUGUCUACAGUCCUUGCGCCAGCAUGUUACCCACCCCGGUGGACGACAGCCAGGGGGGCGUCGACUUGCUCUUCUCGUCUCCGGUCCAGAGCCCAGCGAGGUUGUUGAGGGAGCUCCACGCCGACCCGGACAUCCAGGCCCAGCUGGAGGCCGCGAGGGAGCGGGACCGGGCUUACGAACGCACCCGGAUGGCCGCCGGAGGCGGAAUGGGCGGCGUCCUCACCGGCGGCCUGCGCCUGCUGUCGUCCAACGAGAGAUUCAACGCAUGUGUGCUCAGUGUGGCUCGCUUUGUUGGCGUGGUAAUGGGCAUCCUGCUUGUCACUGUGCCCACGCUGCUGCUGCUGUUAGAGUCGGACAUUGACGUGUCGUUCCUCCACGAGAUCCGCCAAACGCCGGAAUUUGAGCAGUUCCACUACGAGUAUUACUGCCCACUGCGCCGCUGGAUCCUGUGUAGGGUCAGCAUGGCCAUGGAGAACCUCUGGUCGGACUGAGGAGGGAGAAACAAGGGGGCAAAGAGUCCCUGCAGGGGGUUAGGUUUAAAAAAAAUGUCCCAAAAAAUGUCCCAAAUGUCUGUCUUAAUAGGCAAUUUGAUCUUAUAUCCAGUUUUAACAACAGGCAAAACAAAGUGAUUACUUCAGUUUAAUUUACGGAGUUCUCACAAAAUUGCGUUUGCAUAAUUUGUCAAAGAGGCCUGAGAUGGAUAAACUGUCAGGCUAAUCGAAUUGGACUAGAACAAGUAUAUCAGAGAAUUGUGAUUUUAUUCAUAGGAUCCAAUCACUUGUUAGGACACUUUUGGCACUGAAAAGAAGGGACAAGACAGAGUGCUGAGGGGAAAGUGUUUGGAGGAGAGAUUCAUGAAAAUAAAAAAAGAGAAGUUGUAGAUAGACGGAGUCACAAGAGAUUUGAAAAUCUAAAAAAAUGAAAAGAUAACUUGUUUUAGUUCCUUUUAAUAGAACAUUUGAUGGUCUGUUCACUCCUGAUGCUGACGAGCGGAUGCAAUGACUCUGGUAAACAGGGCUAACCAUUCUGAUUGGUUCUCGCCUUCGGAGUGGAACACCUGAUUGGUCAAAGAAGCUGUCAGUCAUGACAGAGUGGGUGGGAACAGAAAGAGAAACGAUUCACUGGACUCAACAAUAGCCACAGUCAAAGACACAUUAUAUAAAUAUAUAUAUUUAAAAACAAAAAGACAAAUAUGAUCAAUAUCUAUCCAAAUAAGUUGUUUUUAAAGUUUUGUACAUUUUUAUGUGAUCCAGAUCUUUCAGGAAUUUUUCAGUCAGAGGAUCUACUUUGAGCUUGUUUUCAAAUUAAGAGUUUACAAAAGACUACAAAAAAUACAUUUAUUGAAGUUUAUCUGGGGGAUGGGUAUUGAGAAAUUUAAAAUAUUUUUUAAGACUACCGUCAGCAUUUAUUCACCCGGUAGCAGCCUGGGGUUUUCCUACACAGGGGAUAGCACAAAUAUUUUACACAGACCGCAGAUAACUACUGUUUCAGAUUAUGUGAUGUCAUUUUGGAAACAGGAGGGCAGCAAAAGGAGAGAAACUUUAGUCUGUACGUGAUGAACUUAUAAAUGUCUUCUGAACUAAAUGUUAGCUCACUGUUUAAGGAUAAAAGUGCAUCUUUCAGUGUGUUUUAAAAAGAGUUUGAACGUAAAUGCCGACAUGCAUGAGGGUCCUCGUGAUGAAAAGUCACUGUGGUGGAAUCGUAGGGGCAGUUUGUUAGUGGGCGGGAGGGUCUUGUGAGGAUCUCAGAGGGCUUUGAAGUGAUUGGACGGUUGACUGAAUAAGCCCAGCCCAGCUGCUGCGGGACACAUAAAGGGACAAGUAAAGCGCUUAAGGGUGUAAAAGUCUCUCUCUGGUCAUUUUCUGGUGGAGAAGUUGAUCCAACUGAACUAACGGUUGCAAGAAUUUAACUGAAGCAUUUUUCACUUGAUAAUAUUGGAAAUGAUUUGUAGCCAUUUCCAUUAUGAUCUGUGAUGGGUUUUGUUUUUAUAUAACUGCAACUGCUGUUUAUUCACUUCACUACCUACACGACUAUUAUUUCUCAUUUAAAUGGCAGUGACCAACAAGUUUUUCAGGAGAAUUGUGAUUCUGGUGUGUUCAUAUACAAAGGAAUGCGCUCAGACAUCUUCCCACGUUGGAGUAAUAGAUGAAAAAACAUCUUUGUCAAUAAAAGAAUCUCCAUUCGGUACACAGCUGAUAAAUGAACUAUAGAUGUGUUGGUCUUCAUAAGGUAGAUGCUUGUUGUGUACCUUUACAAAGUUAAGGUCACGGUAUGGAAUGCAGCAGAGACUUAAACAAUGUCACCUCAGGACUCAAGUCAUCAUUGGACUAAGGACUAAUUCCUCAAGAGUCCUGAAGCUCUGAUAAAAAAAAAUCGCAUCAGAAGUUACAUCCAAUCAGAUGAAAACAGGUUUCUUGUUUUGCUCAAAAUGUAGUUCAAUUCGGAUCAACUUCUCAGGAAAGAAAAUUUGUAAUUUAGGUUCAAAAUAACAAAUACACGUCUAAAAAAAUAUAUAUAGAUGGAAUGAAAGAAGGUUUCUAGUCACAGCAUACACCAUCAAUAUAUCCAUAACCUUCAUACUGUACAUGUCUUGCUAUUGUGUUAUGAUGAAUAUCCAAACACUUUAUACAUGUGUACCAAGACUGUAGCUGGAUAUAAAUAUGUGUUAAUUUAACUCAACUACAUUUGCAUCCAAAACUAUUGCCCACAUUUGUUUUGUGUUAUCAAAGUAUGAUAGUAGCAUAUGAUAUUGUAGUAGCAUAUGAUCUCUCUGCAUACUCUUUGGCUGCUACAGAGGCCUCUGCAGUGCACAUCACUAUCAAAGCCCUUUCAUUACAUAACCGAUUAAAGCUGUACGGACAUCGUUUGUUCUUUUAUCUCUGUGCUUGAUCCUCCUCUAACACGGCGUAUCUCUUGCUGACUUCUCAAUGCAAAUCGCAUGCCCCCAUCUGUAAAUACUGUGCUUAUAGUUGUGGCAAAAAAACAAACAAAAAAACAAACAAUCCAAAAUGUCCAUCCUUCCUUACUUUUGUGUGUCUUGUCCUUUUAAAGCGCUCUAGAUGUAUCAUCUUCGAUUUAUGCAUGUUUCUGUGUUUAAUCCACGAUGAGGAAGAGGGAAAUAUCCAUCACAACCAAGACUCAAUUCAUAUGGUUGCUGAUUAUGUUUUAAGUUUACUUUGAGCAGAUCUAGAAAAUCCCUUCUUGAUGUCUGUUUGGAAAAAAUCAUCUUACAUGAAGCUUAAUGCUCGAUGGGUUCGCUUCACUGCGCUUUUUGCUGUGUGUGUGUACAUCUUUAAAGGCAAUUUGCUAAUGCUGACACCCUAACCUCACUGCUAACAGAGCAUGCUGUUAACCGAUUAACAAAAGGUGUUUUAGUCAUGUGAUCUAACAGAUCUUUGGCCUCAUGUCACACUGUAGCAUACAGUCUGUAGCUCAUUUAUCACUUUAGCCUUUAUGAUUAAGCCCUUGUUUUGAGCAAGCAAACUGGAGCUCUUGUGUUUGUCAGCACUAAUGUCGACCCAGGAUGCGACUUUUCUUGCCUGUACGUACUUAAAACUGUGAUUAAAAACAUCAUCAAGAUCGCUCACCAGUUGAUGUCUAAUCUGAGGGUUUACUGUACUACUAAAUUCCUGACGUGAGUCAAGUAUUUACAAACCUUAAAUUAAAUGAUAUGCCUGUUAUUAUCAGUAAGGAAUCAUUUUUUUUAAAUGCUUCACAGACAGCAAAGAAUCCAAAGCGGUUUAAAUCAAAUUCACAAAUAUUGUUUUUGCAAGAUUUAUUUAAGACGAUAAAUAUUUGAACUCAGGUCUACGAUUAUGCAAACCGUUUGACAUCACAUGGUAAAAGAGGAAAAUAAGGCUGUUCAAUAAGUUGUUCAGCAUAUUAAAUCGGUGUUGUGUAGGCAUGUACAGUAGCAGAUUCUCUUGCA